GAAGAAGAGGCGAAGAAGAGUCGAAGGACGGGCUCGUCCUCUGCGCUGACAGCCCGCCAUGCUCACCCUGCUGCGCCGCUGCGCUCACCGCCCGCAGACGCUGCGCGCCGCUCAGACAGUGAACACGAGCUGCUACGCCACGCGGAUGGAGAAGCGCGUGGCCGUGGUCCUGGCGGGCUGCGGGGUCUAUGACGGCAGUGAGGUGCACGAGGCCUCCGCUGUGCUGGUCCACCUGAGCAGAGGAGGUGCGAGCGUCAACAUGUUCGCCCCCAACAUCAACCAGAUGCACGUGGUGAAUCACCUGAAGGGCGAGCCCACCGAGGAGAAGAGGAACGUGCUGGUGGAGAGCGCGAGACUGGCCCGUGGAAACAUCCAGGACCUGGCUAACCUCCGUGUGAAAGACCACGACGCCGUCAUAUUCCCAGGAGGUUUCGGGGCAGCGAAGAACCUCUGCACGUGGGCCGUGCAGGGGAAGGACUGCGCUGUGAACGACGAGGUUAAGGCGGCGCUGCAGGCGUUCCACGGCGAGGGGAAGCCCAUCGGCCUCUGCUGCAUCUCACCUGUCCUGGCGGCCAAGGUGUUUCCCGGCUGCGAGGUCACCGUCGGCAUCGAGAAGGACGACAAGUACCCCGACACGGCCGACACCGCAGCGGCCAUCACGCAGCUGGGCUGCAGGCACGUGAGCAAGAGCGUCGGCGAGAGCCACGUGGACGAGAAGAACAAGCUGGUCACCACCGCCGCGUUCAUGUGUAACGCCCCGAUGCACGAGAUCUACGACGGCAUCGGGGCGAUGGUGCAGGACGUCCUGAAACUCGCUUGAUUUGGAACGAGACUCGCCUAAUAACCACUUCCUGGGGAGAUGAUGGAGGCCGAUCUUUACCCCUCACUCCAAGCAACUUGCAGAAGCCUGUUGGUCUGAUUUUAUUUAGGCAGAAAUCUCCGUUGGAGUGAAUCUUAGUGAUCAGCAUUAGAAAACAAGCCACUAUCGCAUUGAUAAUGCUUAUCGGUUGUGGUGUGGUACAAAAAAAAAUGCAAUAAAACGUAGAAGUUGA